UUCUUCAAAGGGCCCUGCGCUGGUUCCCUUCGUUUACUGCGUAGCUCUCGUCUACAUCCACGCAAAUUGCGUUCAGGUUCACUGGCGAGCCUUUUCAGCUGGUUAGCCAAACAUCCAUAGAAAAGAGAUGAGCAGGAAAGCGAGACGAAGAAAACGCGAACAGUUUAUAACAAGUUAGAAAAACAGAGACCCAAGGUCAGCGUAGAAACAUCGAGAGCGGGUGGUUCAACACGCGGCAUUGCUCUCACCCAGGGGUCAAAGCUUCACCUGUUGUGUCACAGGAACAAGCAGCCGGGUUGUCUCUGUGGGACACGUGCACUAAAGCCAGCUAGCUUACGCCUGUGCCACUAAAGUAUUACCUGAGUGUCAGAUGUGGAAAAACCUCCCGACUCUUCCUGUCUGCUGUCAUGUCUGAACCUGAAGCUGGUAUAGCUUCCACGUCCACAAUAGCAUGUUAGCAUAUGGUUAAAUACGGGCCUUUAACCUCAUCCUUCCCAUUAGCAUCUCUGGCCCCUACAAGGGGGUUUACAGUCAUUCGUGGUGGUCCCCCUCACCCCUUCAUCUUUUCAUUUCUCAUUCAUUCACUCAUCCACAUCAGCUCCACCGUACCGUUUCUGCUGACUAAAAUCAGCUACAACCAAGCUGCCUCCGCUCUGAUAGGCUAACUGCUAGGCUUUUGUUUUGGUGGUUAUUUUGGUUGUAUGGAAUCGGCUUAAUCGUGGAGAGGCCAGGCUACCACAAACUGAUGGACUUUGACAAGCGAGGAGUCGGGGGAGGAGGGGGCGGGGGAGGAGGUGGUGGCGGAGGAGGUGGAGGCAAGGGGGAGACAGAGGAUGUGAAGAGGAUGUCUGGGGUGACAGGGAGCCGACCGGGGCACGGACGGGGAGCUGGCUCCAACUCUGGCGUUCUGAUGGUCGGCCCAAACUUCCGGGUUGGAAAGAAGAUUGGCUGUGGGAACUUUGGAGAGCUUCGGCUUGGAAAGAACCUCUACACCAAUGAAUAUGUGGCCAUCAAACUGGAACCAAUUAAGUCACGAGCGCCACAACUCCAUCUAGAAUAUCGCUUCUACAAACAACUGGGAAGUUCAGAGGGUGUACCCCAGGUGUUUUACUUUGGACCAUGUGGUAAAUACAAUGCUAUGGUUCUGGAGCUACUGGGACCCAGCUUAGAAGAUCUGUUUGACCUCUGUGACAGGACUUUCUCUCUAAAGACUGUACUUAUGAUAGCCAUACAGCUGAUAACUCGCAUGGAGUUUGUCCACACCAGAAGCCUGAUCUAUAGAGAUGUGAAACCCGAGAACUUCCUGGUUGGCCGACCGGGUUCCAAGAGGCAGCACACGAUCCACAUCAUCGACUUUGGCCUGGCGAAAGAAUACAUUGACCCAGAGACCAAGAAGCACAUCCCUUACAGAGAACACAAGAGUCUAACUGGCACUGCUAGAUACAUGAGCAUAAAUACACAUCUAGGGAAAGAGCAAAGCCGGCGGGAUGACCUGGAAGCUCUGGGCCACAUGUUCAUGUACUUCCUGCGAGGCAGCUUGCCCUGGCAGGGACUCAAGUCUCCAGAGGGGAAAGGCAGCGAGUCCCAGCCCACUCCAGUGACCAAUCGAGAGCUUCUGGGCUCCCAUCUCACUGCUGAUAGGCUGGGCGGGUCUGUCCAGGUGAUGAGUUCAACCAACGGUGAGCUGAAUACGGAUGACCCCACUGCAGGACACUCCAAUGCACCAAUCACAGCCAACCCAGAGGUUGAAGUCGCUGACGAUACCAAGUGCUGCUGUUUCUUCAAGAGGAGGAAGAGGAAAGCUCUCCAGAGACACAAAUGAAGACAAACAAGGGAACCUGUGGCUCUCCUCUUCACAUCUGUUCUUUUUGUUUCUUUCUCUCACCCCUCUCCUCUUCCUCUCCUCUGCUAACGGGUGUUAGCUGGUAUACUGGUUUCUACUGGUCUGGACCGAGCAGUGAAGAGAGCGUUUGCUGCCUCUACCAGCAACGAUCCCCUUGUGUAUUUAUGGCCAAAGACUGAAGUGAAACCAGAGCAGCACAGACUGCUGCAGGGAAACAUGUGGCCGUAAGACUACAGCUGAUGGACUGAAAAACAAGUUGGCGACUGGAUUCAGCUGCUUUCCUGGCCGACUGGCUUCUCACUUUCCCCCUUUCCCGUUACUGAGCGGUUCAGAGGAGAGACGAGUGUGUUUGUGAGGAUAUAUGAGCGAGGACUCCAAAUACAAGCGUGCAAUGAGUCACACGUGCACACCCAACACACCCACUGCACACUUUUCUGGAGCUCAUUGCAAAUCGAUUUCAUGGACAAAGAGAUGCAGCUCGCGCAGUCAUUCAAGUUUUUAUUCCUUAGGGUCAAAGGAAGAGCACUGUGAGUGGACUGGACUAUUUCCUGAAAUGGACCAGGCUCGGUGAAUUCCUGAAUCCCUUUCAGAGGAAAAACCCACGACCACCAGAAUCAAAAGUUUAAAAGAAGUUUAUGUAAAAUCGAUGCUUUGUUUCCUGUUUUAAUUUGUAACUAAAAACAGAAAAGACUGUUUUCAUCCUGCUUUCCCAUGAUUUCAGUUGUUCACAAACUUUGUGUUUUGUAGUUUCUAGUGUGUUCCUCAAAAUGUU